AUGAGUCUGAAAAUGAAGAUCGCGUCUGCAAUUAUACUUGCGGUGAUUUCAACCGGUUUUACCGAGGGGAAGAACCUGAGAUAUCGCCGCGGUACGAAUGAGUUGAGGGAGUCUUACAUCGUCCAUUACAACAACAGGGGUGAACCACUCAGUGUGGCUGGAUUCGACGAGUUUAUUCGUGUUCUUAACGGAAAACAGGCAGCUCCCGGUCUCGCAUACUCAUCGUAUGAGGAAAGCGCGCCGUUUUCAGCUUCUUCGCCCGAAACGACGGCGUCGAAACUGACGACGACUACCGAGGCCACGACUACCCAUCAGCCGAAGCCGUUAGCAACAGGAACUUCGACAACUCCGGAUUCCGUAGUCAUCGCGACGGGAUCCCCUGAGCCUGCACACGUCAACGUCGGCUCCACCGAGUCCCCGUUAAAGUUGCCUCAUGAAAUGUCCGGUAUCUCGGCCCUGCCGGAGGUUCCUGUGUCAACGGACAAACCUGCGCUGACCCUGGCACUAGGACACGACACAGCAGGGAUCUCAUCUCAAUCCUCGGGGUGGCCACAGUCAUCGGUCGAUGCUCCAAAUCUGGUUACACCGGCCGAGUAUUCACCGUCCAAGAUGACGGCUUCAAGCUUGAGAUUCCCCAACGGGGCUGGGUUUCCCUCAAAGGUGAUUUCCCUGCAGCCUGCAUCACGACUCCAGACGGUACUGAAUUACGUUCCUCCAGCGUCAACGUUGGCAGGGAUUGACAGCUAUGUACCGGCCAGCCAAACCGUGACUUACGCGAGCCCAGUGCCUGCGGGAUUUCAAAAAACCUACGCUUAUUCCCACCAGCCGGAAAUUCUGAACUACGCUUCGUAUCCGGGUCAAAACGUCCAAGCCGGUAACGUGCCACUAAUCGUCCGGCAGUCGCCACAGCUCAUUGACAUAGGCCAAGGCUUAGGUCAGGGCUACGGAUCCGCCCCGCAAGAGCUCGCCGUAAACUUGGGCGGAUGGGGUGGCGUCGAAUAUCGCGGUCAUCGUUCGACUUCCCAAGCAAAACCCGUCCUGGGUACUGCCAAGUUGGGAUACGGUGUUCCCGUUUCUUCGGCUGCCCUUUCCAAGGUAUUCCGGGAUGUCUUUUCCGUGGUGCUUCAAAGGAAGAUGGAAAAAUGA